GUAGUAAGGGUGACGCAAGCUAACUGGCGCUAUGUGUUAAUGUUUUCAGUUUUUUGUUUGUAAGUUGAAAACAACUUUUUAAUUUUAUUUGACCGUCAACUCAGUUUACCAACAUGAUACCCCCAGCCGACUCGUUAGUGAAAUAUGACAACCCAGCCUUAGUGAGCAAGAACACAGAAAAGAAGUCUGCAAAGGCUCGUGCCCUGAAAGUCAGUUCGCAGCAGGCCAUCACAGGUCCAGUUCCUCCUCCACCUAAACCUAAGACCCCUGCAGCUGAUGCCACUAAGCAACAAACAGAAGAAAUCCUUAAUUCCAUCCUUCCACCCAGGGAAUGGAUGGAAAACAACCAGCUGUGGGUGCAGCAAGUAGCCAGCACACCCUGCACGCGCAUGGAUGUGGUGCACCUGCAGGAACAGCUGGGCCUGAAGCUGCAGCAGAGGCAGGCCAGGGAGACAGGCAUCUGUCCCGUUCGCAGAGAGCUCUACACACAGUGCUUUGAUGAACUGAUCAGACAGGUCACAAUAAACUGCUCCGAGAGGGGACUGCUACUGUUGCGGGUUCGAGAUGAGAUCCGCAUGACCAUCGCUGCUUACCAGACACUGUACGAGAGCAGCGUGGCUUUCGGCAUGAGGAAAGCCCUUCAAGCUGAGCAGGGCAAGUCAGACAUGGAGAAGAUGAUCUCAGACCUUGAGAUGGAGAAGCGGGACCUUGAGCGCCAGGUGAACGAGCAGAAGGCCAAGUGCGAGGCUAUAGAGAAGAGAGAGACGGAGCGGCGGCAGGUGGAGGAGAAGAAGCACACAGAGGAGCUUCAGUUUCUCAAACGCACCAACCAGCAACUCAAGGCCCAGCUGGAAGGCAUCAUUGCUCCAAAGAAAUAACCAGUCUACUGUUGCCGUGCUCCGAGCACGAUGAAGCCCUGCACAGCAAAACUGUUCUUUAUAAAUGCAUUUCCAAGGAAAUUGACACUUUCCAAGCCAAAAUCAUUUUUUUUGCAAUAAAGGACACUG